AUGACAGGGCAGGGUGGCACACAAAUCUCAAAGCUAAAAUUGAAAAGAAAAAAGGAAGAAAAGGAGGGCUCCGUCAAAUUAGAUGUUUACAAGACUUAACACAGACUAGAGUAGAAAUGGCAGUGGCAGAGAGCUUGUGUAGGGCAUUUGAAGGCAUGGCCUAUACGUGGGGUGCUAGCUGUGUGAAACCUAUUUAAGACUGAGCAGAACAUCCACCACCACCUCUCCUCACUGCCUCUUUCCUGUACCUGAAAAGUUUUCAGCUCUCUGCAGGGCUUCUUGGAGGUUCACGUUCUGUCGCAGAAGUUCUUCCUGCUCUUUGGAUUUCUCCUGCAGCUCCCAGUGCCCUUGGAAGAACUCUCAGUGCAGCCUAACUCCAUCUACGGUGCAGAAAGCCUGACUUUUGCAUACACAUGGACACAGGAAUUCCGAACCACGAAGAUCCACAUGGCACUGAGCAUGGAUAGGAUACAGCAGAUGCACCCAGCAUGAUGCUUCUGGACCAGGUGUUCAGCCUAAUGGCAGUCCGCACCCGCGUGGUGAUGACCUCUGUCCUGGUUUACUUCAUCCAGCUUUCUGGAGCCAGAUGUGCGGAGAAUUGUGUCAACGCUGAACAUUGUUUGUCCACUGACUGGGUGCAUCUCUGGUAUAUAUGGUUGCUGGUGGUAGUUGGUAUAUUGCUUCUCCUGUGCGGCCUGACCUCGGUAUGCUUCCGCUGCUGUCUAAGCCGUCCGGAAAAUGGGGAAGAUGGGGCUCCACCACCCUAUGAAGUGACCGUCAUUGCUUUUGACCAUGACAGCACUCUCCAGAGUACCAUCACAUCACUUCAGUCUGUGUUUGGCCCUGCAGCUCGGAGAAUACUGACAGUGACUCAUGCACACAGCUCCCUGGGCCAGCUGCCCCCCUCCCUUGACACACUCCCAGGCUACGAGGAAGCUCUUGGCAUGAGCCGCUUCACAGUGGCAAGGUGCGGGCCGAAAGCUCCUGACUUACCCUCAGUGCCAGAGGAAAAGCAGCUGCCUCCCCCAGGGAAGAACUCUCCUCAGCUGGAACUCCCAUCAUACUGA